AGUCGUCGUUAAGAGGAGAUUCGUUUUCAUACAUAUUGUUUCUUACUCUUUUUCUUGUCCUCGCUUGUCGCUGAAUCUUCUGACGGAGGCUGCGGCUCCUCUUUCUGUGGCUCCUCUUUCUGCGGCUCAGUCGGUGACUCCGCAGUGUCCGACAUCUUCUCGUUAGCACGGCGGCGUUAGCUGGUGGCUCCGGAGCAUCUCUGGCCGCUAUUGGUUCAGAGAAACAUCAAUCUCAAAGACGCGCGUUCCUAUUGGUCAAUAACUGAGGGCCGGCGUUGGUGCUCUUCCUCUUAGCUACAUGCUAGGUUGGUUAUUGUUUGGACUUCGGGGUACGUGUUCCACAGGAGCGGUCACAUGGUAAUACUACUUGACAGUUGAACUUUGGACUCACGUCUCCUCACACUUGCAGCAGUCAGACAGAAACAUGGCAAACAUCGGCAGACUUUCCACCAAGGAUGCGGUCCUCUUCCUGUGCGACAUGCAAGAGAAGUUCAGACCCAACAUAUUCCAGUUCCCCAACGUCAUCAGCAACGCAUCCAGACUGCUCCAGGCCAGUCGCCUCCUGGGCAUCCCCGCCAUCUUGACAGAGCAGUACCCUAGAGGUUUGGGUUCCACAGUGCCAGAGCUGGGAGCGGAGGACCUGAAGGCUCAUGCUAAGACUGCAUUCACCAUGAUGAUCGAUGAGGUGGAGAUGGAGCUGCAGGCCCUUGGAAAUCCCAGACAGGCUAUUCUUUGUGGAAUCGAGGCACACGCCUGUAUCGCGUGCACGACCUUUGACAUGCUUGAAAGGGGAAUGGAGGUUCACAUUGUGGCUGAUGCCGUCUCAUCCAGAAGCCAGACAGACCGCUUGUUUGCUCUGUCACGACUGAAGCAGAGCGGAGCUUACCUCACCACCACAGAGGCUGUUCUGCUGCAGCUGGUCCAAGAUGCCAAACACCCCAAAUUCAAGGAGAUCCAGAAGCUCAUGGCUCAUCCGUCCCCGGACACCCACCUCCUUGCCUUCUCCAGCACUCUGUAGAGAGACCACCACCUGUUCUGCUUCAUAAACUCUUAAACAUAUACAUACAGGAUGUUACUGCUUCACUCAUACUGAUGAAUAGCUUGAAUAAAG